ACGUGGAUAAAAAUGCUCCAGAGUUGUAUGGUAAGCGCAGAUAUGAGAUCAAGCAGGGGGACAUACAGGACUCGGCUUUGGCUAUUAGCCUCACUGGCCUUUUUGUCCUUAAUUUUUCUGACUGAUGGAUCACCCAUGAAGGUGAUGUCUGCCCCCAACUUGUUGGGGGUAGGAACAGCACAAAACAUCUUUGUGGAGUGUCAAGACUGCACCGAUGAAAGCAAUUUAAUGGUUGAAAUUAGUGUAAUGAGCUAUCCGACCAAAUCCAAAAGGCUGAUAUCAACAUCUGUGAACCUCACCAGUGCAAAUAAAUUUCAGGCCUUUGGACAAAUUAAGAUCCCCACUCAAGGCUUCAGUAGGGAUCCACAAAGGAAGCAGUAUGUUUACCUGCAAGCUCAGUUCCCUGAUGUGAAACUGGAGAAAAUUGUCCUAGUGUCCUUCCACUCUGGAUACAUCUUCAUCCAGACGGACAAGACUCUCUACACACCCAACAGCAAAGUUCAUUACAGGUUAUUUGCACUGACCCCUAACAUGGAACCAGUGGAGCGGGACAAUUCCACCAUAAGUGAUACCUCUGUUGCCAUUCAGUUUGUGAACCCUGAAGGCAUCAUUUUCCCACUCGAUACAGUUUCUGUGAAAUCAGGAAUCCACUCUGGACAUUUUCAACUUAAUGAAAUUGUCAGCACUGGACUGUGGAAAGUGAUGGCGAGUUUCCAGAGUAAACCACAGUCGAGCUAUUCUGCAGAAUUUGAGGUCAAGGACUAUGUGCUGCCCAAUUUCGAGGUCAAGCUGACGCGUGAAAAUCCUUUCUUCUAUGUGGACAGUGAUGAGCUCACCAUCAACAUCAAAGCUACCUAUCUGUUUGGUGAAGAGGUGGAUGGGUCAGCUUUUGGGGUAUUUGGAGUUUUGCAUCAGGACCAAAAGACAAAUUUUCAGGCCUCGCUUCAGAAAGUGUCGAUUGAGAAUGGUGUAGGAACAGUCACGCUGAAGAAAGAGCACAUCAAACAGACCUUUGAAAACAUCUCCAGCCUGGUGGGGAGCUCCAUAUUUGCAGCUGUCAAUGUGCUGACAGACAGCGGAAGUGAAAUGGCAGAGGCGGAGCUGACAGGUAUUACAGCAUUGACGGAGAAGUAUAAAGAUGGUCAAAAGGAGUAGAUAAAAUGAUAAAAAUUGUUGUUGUUUUGCUUUGUUUUGCAGAUUGAGGUUUUGAAUCCUGAUGGCUCUCCUGCACAAGGUGUUGCAGUGAUGAUUGACCCAGGUGAUGUCCAAGGCUUUACUGCAGCUAAUGGCAUGGCGAGGCUUACUAUCAAUACAGUCAAUAAUCCUCAACCAAUGAAAAUCAUAGCAAAGACCAACGAUGUUAAAAUUUCACCUGAAAGGCAAGCGUCAGCCACCAUGACUGCUCUCCCAUAUGCCUCUCAGAGCAACAGUUACAUUCACAUAGGGGUGGAUACAGCUGAAGUAAAAAACGGGCAAAACAUGAAGAUCAACAUUCACCUCAGUGGGCAGAAAAAUGUUCAAAAUGACAUAACGUACUUGAUACUUAGCAGAGGUCAGCUCGUGAAAUAUGGUCGUUUCAGAACAAGUGGUCAAAUAAUGAUAUCCUUAAUCAUCACUGUUACCAAAGACUUGCUGCCAUCUUUCCGCAUCAUCGCCUAUUAUCAUCCAAAUGAUAACGAAGUUGUAUCAGACUCUGUCUGGGUGGAUGUAGAAGACUCCUGCAUGGGUUCGCUGCAGCUUCAUUCAGAAGGAGGUUCUAAAUUCUAUGAGCCUCGCAAAAUAUUUAGACUGAAAAUCACAGGUGAUCCAGAAGCCACAGUUGGACUGGUCGCAGUUGACAAAGGUGUAUAUAUCCUAAACAGUAAGCACCGUCUAACCCAGAAAAAGAUUUGGGACAGUGUGGAGAACUAUGACACAGGGUGCACACCAGGUGGAGGGAAGGAUAGCAUGAGUGUAUUUUAUGAUGCUGGGCUGCUGUUUGAGUCAAAUACCGCUUCUGGGACUCCUUACAGACAAGAGCUGAAAUGUCUGAACCCCAACAGAAGAAAAAGGGCCGUUGAUAUGAUGAAUGUCACAACUACCUUAUUGAGUCAAUAUAAAGACAAACUGGAACAUGACUGUUGCUUAGAUGGAAUCCGGGAAACCCCGACUUCAUCUAACUGUGAGAAGCGCAGUGAGUUUAUCGCCGAUACAGCCUGUUUUGAGGCUUUCCUGCACUGCUGCAAGGAAAUGGAAAAAAAGAGAGCUGAGAGGAAGGAGGAUGGCCUCAAACUGGCUCGCAGUGAGGACGAUGACAGCAGUUUCAUGGACAGCAAUGAAAUUGUUUCGCGCACCAAUUUCCCUGAAAGUUGGCUCUGGUCUGAUAUGAAAUUGCCUGCUUGCCCUGAGGGGAAUCCUAACUGUGAAAAAGAAUCAGUUUUGAGAAAUAUUCCUUUGCAAGACUCGACCACAACCUGGCAGCUCACUGGUAUUAGUCUGUCAAAAACUCACGGUAUCUGUGUGGGUGAUCCAUUAGAGAUAGUUGUCCGUAAAGAUUUCUUUGUUGAUCUGAAGCUACCUGACUCUGCUGUUCGUGGGGAGCAGCUAGAAAUUAAGGCAGUCAUCCACAACCAUACUCCCAAUCCUUACACAGUGCGCGUUGAUCUGACUGAGGCGGAACAUGUGUGCAGUGCAGCAUCUAAACGUGUGCGAUAUCGUCAGGAGAUGAAAGUCGGGGCCAAAAGUAUACGAUCUGUACCGUUCACCAUCAUUCCUACAAAAGAGGGACAACACCGCAUUGAGAUCAAAGCAGCUGUCAAAGAGUCAGAAAUUAGUGAUGGAAUUGUGAAGAUGCUACGAGUAGUGCCUGAAGGCAUAUUGAUCAAAUCUUCUCAUACUCUAACUUUGGACCCUAAACAAAGAGGUACAGAUGGCAGACAAGUGGAAAUCCUCAAUAGCAAGAUUCCUGUGAUAGAUUUUGUUCCCAACUCACCUACCAGCACACAAAUCUCACUAACAGGGAAACAACAGAGAAACGUGCUCAAGAACACAAUUAGUGGGGAGUCAAUGGGUGGUCUGAUCUAUCAGCCUUCAGGAUGUGGAGAGGAGAACAUGAUUCACAUGACCCUACCAGUUAUCGCAAUCACAUAUUUAGACAGAGCCGAUCUCUGGGAGAUUGUGAACAUUGACCUGCGUGAUCAGGCCCUCCAGCACAUCACAACUGGAUACCACAACCAACUUGAAUACAGUAAAAAAGAUGGAUCUUUUGCUAGGACUCAGGAUGAACCCAGCAGCACUUGGUUGACAGCAUAUGUUGUCAAGGUGUUCGCCCUGGCCAACAAUCUGAUAGCAGUGCAAAGUGAAGUGAUCUGUAACGCUGUCAGGUUUCUGAUCGUGAACACACAGCAACGUAACGGCAUGUUUAUGGAAGUUGGAAGUGUGUCCCUCAAAGAGAUUCUUGGUGAUGUGCUUGACACAGACUCAGAUGCCUCCUUUACAGCUUUCUGCAUCAUUUCUAUGCAAGAGUCACGCACAAUAUGUGCUCCCACUGUUCAUAAUCUGCAAGCGAGCAUAGACAAAGCAGUGGGCUACCUGGAGAGGCGUCUGCCAAGCUUAGUCAACCCUUAUGCUGUUGCCAUAACAUCAUACGCCAUGGCCAAUGAAAACAAACUAAACCGAGAGAUCUUCUUUAAGUUUUCUUCCCCAGAUUCGUCCUAUUGGCCUUCACCUGCAGGACGAGUUUUCACAGUGGAGGCCACGGCUUACGCUCUAUUGGCUCUUGUUAGGGCCAAGGCCUUUGAUGAAGCAAGACCAAUUGUCCGAUGGUUCAACAAACAGAUCAGAGAGAAUGGAGGCUAUGGGUCAGCUCAGGCCACAAUGACAGUGUACCAGGCAAUAGCAGAGUACUGGACCAGUGAAAAAGAGCCAGAGUACGAUCUGAAUGUGGACAUCUUGUUGCCGGGGAGGUCAAAGCCUGAUAAAUACAACUUUAACUGGGAAAACCACUUUGCUACAAGAACAUCUAAAAUCAACGUCAUAAACCAAGACGUGAAAGUGUCAGCCACAGGACCGGGAGAAGCAACACUGACGAUAACGUCGCUGUAUUAUGAACUGCCGAAAGAAAAAGAAAACAACUGUCAGAAAUUUAACCUGUCAGUGCAGCUCCUUCCAGAGUCGCUGGGUGAUGAUGAAAAUAUCUACAACCUAAAAAUUAAGGUUUUCUAUAAGAACAAGGAGCGUAAUGCAACCACACCAGUCUUGGAUAUAGGCAUGCUAACUGGCUUCACUGUUAGCACAAAAGAUCUGGAUUUACAAGCCAAAGGGCAUGCCCGCACUAUUUCAAAAUACAGGCUGAACACUGAGUCAGAGAGAAGCUUGCUCACCAUUUACCUGAACAAAGUUCCUUACACAGAGCUGGAGAUUGCCUUUAGGGUCCACCAGAAACUGAAAGUGGGCAUCUUACAACCAGCUUCUGUAUAUGUCUACGAAUUCAGCGACCAGCUACAAAGUGAUCAAACAAAAUGUGUGAGAUUCUAUCAUCCGGAAAGGAAAGCUGGAGAGCUGCUGCGCCUCUGUAGAAAUGAUGAAUGCAUAUGUGCUGAAGAGAAUUGUAGUAUGCAGAAGAAGGGAAAAAUCAACAAUGAUGAACGCAAAGAUAAGAUUUGUGAGACUACAGUGAGGAGCAAAAUAGAUUUUGCAUACAAAGUGAGCGUGGAACAGUUUAAAGAUGGUUUGUCCACAGACAUUUACACAGUGCAGGUGCUGGAAGUCAUCAAAGAAGGAAGUUAUGAUGUGGGUCCUCAGGGUAGACAGCGCAUGUUCCUAGGUUAUCCACACUGCAGAAUGGCUUUAGAUCUGGGAGUGGGCAAAACCUUCCUUAUGAUGGGAACAUCUGGAGAUAUUUUCAAAGAUGAAAAGAGUCAAUCGUAUCAGUAUGUCCUUGGUGAGAGAACCUGGAUUGAGUACUGGCCUACAGUAACAGAAUGUACAACUGAGGAACAUAACAUAACCUGUUUAGCCAUUAACGAGAUGGUCAAUGAAUACAUGAUCCGAGGAUGUCGAAAUUAGGGAAACUGAAGAGAAUAAAAAUAAUCUAUAAAUGCUUUUUAAAGGUUGAGUAAGACACUUCUUAAAAAAAGGCAAACAAAAACCUGCAUUAGCAACACAGAGAAUUAGGCUAGCUUUCCGAAGGAGAAAAUAAAGAAAAAAUCAUAAACUGUAUAUUAAAGACAGACUUCCAGGUUUGUAGUGAGGCCAGUGAGGAAGUGUCUUAAACGUGCAUUCUUCCACCAUAUCCCAAAUGUCCCUUGAUGGACUGAGACAGAGAGACAGAAAGAUGAAGACAGCCAAGAAUAGAACUGGUCGACUGUAAGGAGAUAAUAGGUGAAUUUUUCAAGUAGUAUACAGAAAAAUAAUCACUUACUCCACAUUUGAAUUACAUUUUGAAAAAAUACAGUGUAAAUGGUACCUAUAUUUGGAUGAACACGUAAGAAUCAUUUGUAAAACAUCAUGUAACAUCAUGUGUACGAAGGUGGUUAAUAGAUAGUUAAUAAUAACAAAAAUAAAAUGUCAGCAUGUUUACCCAUGUAACAACAAAUAAAAUUAUAUAACCUGA